UUCAGCUAUUGGUCCCAGAGACCAAAAAUCACUCUUUUCCAGCAUCCACAAAAUGAGAGAGCUCAGCCAGAAGUUCCUGGAAUCAAUGGUUCAGAAUUUGGGCUCCAGUUUGUUUUGUGAAGUUCUCUGUAAUGUUGUCCAUCAUUACGCCAGUAGAUCGUUCAGUGUUUAUGUGGAUUACAUCCGCAACAUGCCAUCCCAGAAGCACACACUCAUCAACCUGAGGAAGGAGAGCCCUCGCUUUGUGGAGAUCUUAAACAAGCUUGAGGAGGAUCCAUGUUGCAAUCGGCUGCCUCUUGACUCGUUCCUCUCACUGCCUUUUCAGAGGAUCUCCCACCUCAAGGUCUUAAUGGAGACAGUCCUAAAGAGGACACCCUCAAAGUCAGAUGUUCAAGCCUCUGCAGAAGCAGCCCUAUCAGACAUUUCUGAGGUGCUGGAGGUAUGCAAUAGGGAACUGGGUAAGAUGAAACAGAUUGAGGAGCUUGUCAACAUUGCCAACAAAGCAGAAUUUGAGUGCAAGGCUUUGCCUCUGGUGUCAGCCUCUCGCUGGUUAAUCAGAGAUGGUGAAAUGACCCAGCUUGCUCUGAACGAGAACAUUCUUGGCCAGAAGAAAAACUGCCCUGUCCAUUUGAUCCUCUUCAAUGAUUUGCUCCUGGUGACCUCAAAGAAAGGGUCAGAUAAGUAUGCGGUGCAUGAUCAUGUCCACCGGUCCCUCAUUGAGGUCACAGAGGGUGCUGAAGUGGAGGAGGAUCUGGAAGGGUAUGAUGUGAGCAGAGUAUUUAAACUGGAUAUUUUGAAGAAUCACAGAGGAAUCCCAUUCCGACUUUUACUACAGGCUUCCACAGUAGAAGAGAGAGACAGCUGGAUAAAGGUGCUGAGGAGUGAAGAAGGAGUGUAUGAAGAGUGGGAUUGUCCUCAGGUGCGAUGUAUUCAGGCGUAUGAUGGACAACAACCUGGAGAGCUUAGUCUACAGCCGGAGGACAUAGUCAGCAUCAUCCAGAAAACAUCUGAUGGUUUAAUGGAGGGUCGGAGAGUUCCUAAUGGGGAGAGGGGCUGGUUCCCUGCCAAGUGUGUGAUUGAGAUCCCUAAUGAGCACGUGCAGAGACGCAACCUGUGUCAACGCCACCACGUCCUCCAGGCAGCUGCAAGCAUGCUAAAACGCCGUAACGUUGGUCAGGAUCAGCACACCACUAUCUGUUUCAACAAACCUUAAUUAGAAUAUGUAUUAUGUGCAUAUUUAUUAACCUUAUCGAGCCAAGGUCAAUGUAGCAACACUUAAAAACUAA